GCCGCUCCUGCCGCAGAUGCUGGUGCCGAGGGCGAGGCUGGUCCCUCGAAGAAGGCUCUCAAGAAGGCCGAGGCCAAGGCCAAGAAGGAGGCAGAGAAGGCCAAACGCGCUGCAGAGCGAGAGGCGGCCACGGCGGCAGCCAAGGCUAAGGAGGACUCGGAGGACAAGGCCAAGGACAACUACGGCGACCGCGAUAUUGUCACCCUGUCCGCGCCCAAGGCCGCCCUCAAGGAGUACGCCGAGGAGCACGUGGGCAAGGCCGUCAAGCUCCGCGCCUGGAUCCAAAACAGCCGCAUGCAGGGCGCCAAGAUGUGCUUCGUCGAGCUGCGCGAGGUCGGCGACUGGAGCAUCCAGGGCAUCGUCGCCGCCAGCCCCGACGGCGAGCCUGUCUCCAAGCAGAUGGUCAAGUGGGUCGGCGCCAUCAGCCUCGAGAGCUACGUCGCCGUCGAGGCCACCGUCCAGAAGCCCCUCGAGCCCGUCAAGAGCUGCAAGGUCUCGGCCUACGAGCUGCACAUCACCAAGAUCUACUGUAUCGCUCGCGGCCCCGAGAUGCUGGGCCUGACCAUGAACGCCUCCAACGCCCCCAUCAGCAGCUUCGAUGUCGAUGGCAAGAUGCAGGAGCUGAACAUCUCCGGCGCUGACGCCGCCCCGGGCCUGUCCGCCACUCUCGAGACCCAUCUCGACAACAUCGUCAUGCACAAGCGCGCGCCCCUGCAGCAGGCCAUCCAAACUGUGCGCGAGAACGUGCGCGACCUGUUCGCCGAGUACCUCAAGAAGAACGACUUCCACUCUUUCGAACCCCCCUGCCUGAUUGGUGCUGCCUCUGAGGGUGGCGCCAAUGUCUUUGGCCUGCCGUACUUUGGCAAGAGUGCCUUUUUGGCCCAGUCGCCCCAGUUUUACAAGCAGAUGGAGAUUGCAGGCGGCAGAAAGAGGGUGUACUGCGUUGGCCCCGUCUUCCGUGCCGAGAACUCCAAUACACCAAGACAUAUGACUGAGUUCACCGGUCUCGAUAUCGAAAUGGAGAUCGAAGAACACUACAAUGAGGUCAUCUUCAUGCUCGAGGGUAUCCUUCUCUACAUCUUCCGCAACCUCGAGGAGCGCUGUAAGGACGAGAUCGCCCUCGUACGCACCGUCUACCCCUCGGAGCCCUUCAAGCUGCCCGAGGACGGUAAGGAGGUACGCCUGACCUUUGCCGAAGGCCAGAAGCUCCUCCGCGAGGAAGGGCCCGAGGAGUUCCGCAAUGUCUCGGACGACGAGGACAUGUCCACUCCGCAGGAGAAGGCCCUGGGCGCCAUCAUUCGCAAGAAAUAUGGUACCGAUUUCUACGUGCUCGACAAGUUCCCCGAGUCGGCGCGGCCCUUCUACGCCAAGGAGGACCCCGCAAACCCCAACGUCACCAACGCCUACGACUUCUUUAUGCGCGGCCAGGAGAUCAUGUCUGGCGGCCAGCGUAUCAACAUCCCCGCCGAACUCGAGGCCCGCAUGCGCAAGAAGGGCGUCGACCCAAACGCCCCCGGGCUGAAGGAGUAUGUCAACGUUUUCAAGCAGGGCGGAUGUCCACCGCACGGCGGUGGUGGUAUUGGUCUGGACCGUGUUGUGGCCUUCUACCUCAACCUGCCUAAUGUUCAAUUGGCUGCUUACUAUCCUAGGACGCCGAGCAGGCUGUUCCCUUGAGAAAAGUGAAAGACUGGUAGAAGGUUUGUUGCUUGUCUUGGCUACAAGAAGGCUUGGUCCCUUAGACUAGACAGGUAAUGAUAAGUCAACAAGAAG